AUGCGUACGCUAAGUGUUGAUGUGGAUAAAGAUCGAGCAGGUCGAGUGUGUGUAGUCAGGAGCUAUAAACGUGGCGGUUAUUUCGUCGAGGUCCCGCCACGCUUAAGUAUAGCUGGCGAGACCCCUGAUGACUGGGUGGCUGACGUGAGGGCACAACUUGAACUGAGGCUAUUGACACCAAAAGCAGCGGCAGCAUUUGUGAAAGAAAACUUAGCCGGAUAUGCUCGAAAAGAAAUUAACGGGCGAGGCAAGGAAGUUGGUGAAGAUGCAGAGAAGAUUCUCGCAGUUUUGCUGAGAGUGUUUGGAGAUGGCAACACCCUACCACAGCUCCAGCAAAGGUUCUUUUCAUACAAGCAGAUGCCUCAGCAGGACCUAUUAAGUUGUUCACUGGAACUGGUGAGUCUCUAUGACAAUAUUGUUUCUCUUGAUGGUGCCUAUAGUGCAUGCAGGGAAAGCUCUCUAAAAAGCAGAUUGGCUGAAGCAGUCGUCGAUGAAAACCUAAAGAGCUGCUCUAAGUAUCAAGUUAUUAUAUUCAAAUAUGUAAUUGUAAGGUAG